AUGGCCAGCUCAUACGCGAGCUCGUCCUCCCGAGGCUCCUCACCGACAACACCGCCCAUAGUGCAGCCCGACCACUUCUACGGCUCCGAGAACGCGCCCAUCACCCCGCGUUCGGACGGGCGGACGUGGUUGGACCCCGAAGACGAUCCGAGCGCGUCGAGGGGUAUACCCGUGUUUAAGCCUACUAUGGACGAGUUCAGGGAUUUCGAGGGGUACAUGAAGAAGGUGGAGUGCUGGGGUAUGAAGAGCGGGAUAAUCAAGAUCGUUCCGCCCAAGGAGUGGAAAGACUCGCUGGGACCUAUCAACGACAAGCUGGCCGAGGUGAAGCUGAACCACCCGAUCGAGCAACACAUGGUCGGCCGCGCCGGCUUGUUUCGCCAGAAGAACGUCGAGGCGUACAAGCGCCUGUCCGUGCGCGAAUGGGCGGAGCUGUGCGAGAAGGACGAGUACCGCGCGCCGGGCGUGGACGAGGUCGGACCGCGUCACGCGUCGCGAUCGACGCGCGCGCCCAAGAAACAGCGCAAGCAGACCACAGUCGAGCCCGUCUCGCCCGUCUCCGCAACCGAGCGACUCGCGUCAGAGGCGCCCACGGAGGAUGGAGGAUCGGCCGAAAAGGCGAAAGGAAAGAAGAAGAGUCGCACGCACGCCGACAAGCUCGCCAAGCUUUCCGCACGCGCCACGCUCGACCGCGCAUUCUUCGACGACUUUGACCCAGACACGCGUUGGUUACCCGAGGGUACAACACCGCAGGACUAUACGCCCGACUUCUGCUCCGAACUUGAGCGUCAGUACUGGCGCAAUCUCGGUUUCGGCCGGCCGGCGCAGUACGGCGCCGACAUGGCCGGGUCGUUGUUCAACGACCCGUCGACGCCCUGGAACGUCUCGUGCCUGCCCUCCGCACUCGAACGUCUCAUGCCGCGCGACAAGUACCCGACGCAGGGCGUCAACAUGCCGUACCUAUACUUCGGCAUGUGGCGCGCGACGUUCGCGUGGCACGUCGAGGACUGCGACCUCUUCAGCAUCAACUACAUCCAUUUCGGCGCGCCGAAGCACUGGUACGCUGUCCCGCAGGCGCGCGCGGACGCGUUCGAGGGCGUUAUGAGGGGCUUCUUCUCCGAGGGACAGGGACCGAAAGCCUGUCCGCAGUUCCUCCGGCACAAAGCGUUCCUCGUCUCGCCCACCAUCCUCGCUAAAUCGUCCUGCCGCCCGAACACGCUCGUGCAGCACUCGGGCGAGUUCGUCGUUACGUACCCGCGCGGGUAUCACGCUGGAUUCAACUUGGGCUUCAACUGUGCGGAGAGCGCGAAUUUCGCGCUGGAUAGCUGGUUGGAGCGGGGCAGGAACGCGCGGGUGUGUGAGUGUGUGGACGAUGCGGUUAGGAUCGAUGUGGAUGAGCUGUUGAGGGCGAGGGAGGAGGAGAGGGCGGAGGAGGAGCAAGGGGGUGCUGUGGUGCAUCCGCCUGCGCCUGCACCGGCUUAUGCGCCUAUGGCUGCACUGCUACCGCAGCCGGAGCCGGUUGUUAAUGUCGAGCAGCCGAUAUUUGCUAUCGACCCGGCACUUCUCAUGCUGAAUCCGCCGCCUAAACCCAAACCGCCUCCGCCUCAGCCCUCUCAGACACUCACGUUCACCCUUCCGCCUGCAACUUCAUCAUCCACGCCUUCAUCAUCAAGCUCCAAACCGCCUCGCAAGCGCAAGUCCGACGAGGCGCCCUCUAGCCCAUCGAAGAAGUCCAAGACAGCCUCGUCGUCGAAAUCGGCGUCUGGACCGACGAUCAAGCUCCCUGCGCGUCCCGCCGCAGACGCGAAUGCCGAUAGCAGCUUCCCGUGCUGUCUCUGCGCAUCAUUGUCGACGGCCGAUUUGUUGCCUGUACACGCUCGGCCUGCGGGGUCUCACGCUGCAUGGGCCGGUACGCGUGUUGUCAAUGACAGGUGGAUGGCGCAUGAGGGUUGUGCGAUGGUUAUCCCCGAGACGUAUGUCGAUACUGUUGGAGGGCUGGAAGGAGGGGAGAAGAUGGUGUUUGGGAUUGAUGCGAUCGUCAAGGACCGGUGGAACCUCCGCUGCAUGGCCUGCAAAUCCCCGCGCACCAAAACGCACGGCGCGCCCAUCCAAUGCACCAAGGGCCGCUGCCCCAAAUCCUACCACGUCACCUGCGCGCGCACCAGCCCGGAGCUGCACUUCGCGCUCCUGCACGCCGUCGACAGGGAGUUCCCGAUCCCGGGCGCGCCGACGAUCGACGUCGGCCCGGCGUACCCGCCCAUCGUGCCGAUGAAGAGGGUGCGGAAGUGGGAGGCCAGCGUGUUCUGCGCGCAGCAUAAUCCCGAGGCGAUUCGGAGGAAGGUGGAGGCGAGGGAGGAUAAGCUUAGGAGUGUGAUGGUGGGGCUGAAGCCGGGGUCGAGGGUGAAGGUGCGCGUGCAUUCGGGCGUGUUCGAGGUGAGCCUGGUAGGCGUGGACGAAGAAGCGAGGACGGUGGAUGUGCUCUGGGACCGCGCGAUCCAGCGCUCGUUCAAAUGGGGAAGCGUCGUCUUCGACGAGGCCGGCUUGGGAAAUCUAUCACCUGGGGCGGUCAUCCUGAAUGCGCCAUCGCAGACCCAACCCGCCGCGGCUUCGACAUCCACUACCUCGGCUCCACCCAACCCGAACACGAACCCGUACAACCAACACAUGCAGUACCUCCAACAAUCCCAACAAUCCGCCGCCCAAACCGCCUCCGCCUCCGCCUCUCAAUCCCAGCCGAACACGCAAACCCAAACAACACGCUGCCCCCCAAUCCCCUACAUCCCCCCAGUCCAAACGACCGCCUACCAGCCGCGCCCCCUCGUCC